GGAAGUCCGGUCUUGUUGUAUAAGUGUAUCACAAGUUUGACAGUGUUAUGAUAGUCCAUAUCGACUGAAUGGCAGCGUUUCUAAUUCAGAGCUCAGCCGGUCAGCGGGGAUGUGUCGGACUUCUCCGCUGCUGGUCCCUCACAGUCAGCCCCAGGACUCUCAAGACCCCCCGGUGCCCGCUGCACACUUCACGGUCCUUCUACAGCUCUGCCCCCGCGAAGUCUCCAGCACAUGUAGAGGUAAACCAGCCUCUCAAGCAGUGGGCUCUGGAGGUGAGCCCCUUCUGCACGGUGCGGGCACAGCUGGCCUGUAGCAUCUCCAUCCGCCCGCUUGACCUGCACGCCUUCCCGGAGGCUGACCGAGCCUUGAUAACAGUCCACGGAACAGACGCCGAGCAGCAGGAGGUGGAUCUGGAUCACCUACACGUUCACUACGAUGAUCAGAGCAAAGAGCUUCUGAUCUCCGCUGAGAAGGUGAACAGUAACGUGUCGAUUGAUCUGGCUGCACCUAUCAAAAGCAAUCUCUACAUUAACACUCAAGGAAACGGCAACGUAGCAGUUAAGAAAAUGGAGUGUGACAUCUGCAAGGUGCAAACAGAGAGAGGCAACUGUUUGCUGCACUCUGUCAAGGGUCAUCAGGUGAAGGUGCAGUCCAAUGGAGGACAUGUCACAGGUGUGGGCACUAUCCACGGCAAUGUGGACAUCAGUACAUGUGGAGACAGUGCAGUGGAUGUCAAGAAGCUCCAGGGCACCGACAUGACCGUUUCAACAGAACACGGCCCACUGAAGGUCAAAGCCAUCUAUGCAGAGUCCAGCUGCAUCUCCUCCUGCUCUGGGAGAGUACAGCUGGGGCAUGUGCACGGCAAUGCCACUGUGAAGAACGUGUCUGGAGAUACAGUUAUAGAUGGUUCAAAUAGUUUCCUGAAGGUUUCCUCUCACAGUGGAGGCAUUGAUGUCUACGUAGGAGACAGUGGCAGUGCUGAACUCCACAGCCAGGAAGGAGCAGUGUGUGUGCGUGUCCCAUCCACGUUAAGAGCAGGGGUGGAACUACGUGGAUCGCCGGUGGAAAUCAGCCCAGAGAUGGUUCUGCAUGAAGUAGAAAACAACACAACCCAAGGCCAAACCACAGUUACUGGUUAUAUGAAUGGAGCAUCUCCAGUGGACCAGUGGGUUAAAGCUCAGGCAGACAGAGGCUCUGUAAGACUGAGGACACAAAGCUGGUUUGAGUCUCUGAAGCUGGGGAGCUGAGCUAUGACUGACUGGAUUUCUAUUCAUAAUGCCGCAUCACUGCACUGGGGCUUUAAACUUACAGUGCCAGAUAUUUACUGACUGAAUGAACCUUUACCUCACUGAAGUAUUUAACUCCCUGCUCAGGAUAUGUUGUACUUUUAAUGAGGAAAUUAUUUCAGGUGAGGCAGGGUAUUAGAUGUGGGAUUGAACAAGUAUUUAACAAAUAUUCUGCAUGUGUUAAAGAUCACUGUACAUACACUGAGUGUUGGAAGCAUACUUUGUAACUUGUAGCUGCUUUGUGCUGAACUGUAAAAUUGUUCUGAAUGUUUAUUAGAAACUGUUAGCUUGUUCAAAUUAUUGGCUGCUUGUGAUUGUUUUUCAUCUGUAUGACAUGUUAAUACUAUAAAAUAAAUUAGAAAUGUCACACUGCAAUAAAUUAAAAUAAA